AUGGAGUGUUUUUCAAAAAGCGAUGAGGGCAAACUUGAUGAACUUAUUUUCAUUCAUCGCUCUGCAUUUACUAUUGCUUACAUGGACAAUCGUAUCCAUUCGGCUACAUUUUCCUCCACGUAUGGCAGUCGUUCCAUUGAUUGGUUUUUUGAUAUAUCAUGUGAUCGCCGAUCACCACAGAUUCGACUUGCACAGCGACGUAUGAGAAUCGACGAAACUUACCCGUCGGGCUUUAUACUUCUUAAAUACUAUGCAGUUUCCAGGAAAUAUGAUCAAAUAAGUGAAUUGGAAAUGGAAGAAAGACCGUUCAGUGGUUUAUUUGUUGUUCCAGAAAGUAGUGAAUUUUUUCGGACGAUUUUUAAUACUCUUCAUUCGCAGACAUUUGAUGGUGGUGAGAUAGUUCUUACCGUGAGAAUUACUUUCAAAGUUAAAAAUUUUUUCGGAAUGCUACGACGUCGCGAAAGAGAUCCACUGACCCAUAUCUCCGAGAAGGAUCCUCGAUCAGUUGCAUUGAAACAAAUUCUAGAUACUCAAAGAGAUUUCAAAAUUAUGGCAAAUGAUGGCGAGAUCAAGACAUCAAAAUAUCUACUUUACUUAUCAACAAAUUAUUUUCAUGAGUUGAUCACAGCAAACCCAUUUGCGUUCUCUGUUGUUCUUGAUUUCAAUCGAGAUAUUAUUGAAAAGGUCCUCGAUUUUGCAUUUAAAGGCACCUAUAACAUGGAAGUACAGCUAAUUGACAAAGUUAGGAAGUUUCUGCAAUGUGUCCGCAGAAUAAAGCCUCUAAAACAGACUGAAAUUAUCAACCACAUAUCCGUUAAACUCAAUGAAACUCUUCAACAAAAUUGGAAAAGUGUCAAUUUGGAUGAUGCCGUCAAAAUAUUAGAUAUCGCUUACGAGCAACAAUUUGCCAAUCUUCUUGAUUCAACAAUGAACCUUAUAGUCGAUCAGUACUUCAUUGAUUUCCGACUUAUGUAUAACGAACAUUCGGAAGGUGAGAAUGGAGAGCUAUUUCGACGUUUGAGCCACUCGGAGAUUGCCGAUUUCUUGGCUCCGACAAAUGUAAUGCUAACAAGUUAUCGAAAACGCGGUUCUGUGACGCGAAUUUUGAAAUAUAAAACUAGCGCACCUCCCAAAAGACAGUUUAUUGAAUAA